CGCUGGGGGCGCUGAGUGCAAGCCGCGCUUCCGGAGCCCCGCAGACCGCGUAGGCAGAGCGGGUGGUUCCGGAGGCGGCAUAAACAAGAGCAGUCGGUGGUGUGACGGGAGCCGGGGGCGGGGCGGACAGGCUACAAGCUAGUACCUGCCCUCGGUGGACCCCUGGCCUGCCCCGGCCCUCGCUGUCCAGCCCACAACCUGGACAGCACCGCCCUGCAUCCGAAGGGCCGUCCUCCGAGGGGCUGGGCCGGUGCACGCGCCGGCGGCGAGGGAGUGGCCUCCACCAAGUCUUUUUAGCCACCGUUCGUUUCUUUCUCCCUGUUCCUUUGUCUCGUCUCCUCUCUCGGACGGCUGUGGGGAUUGUUGGUGGACAAAAGUGCCGCCUCAAGAUGGCUGAUGGGAAUGAGGAUCUGCGGGCGGACGACUUGCCAGGGCCGGCCUACGACAGCUAUGAGUCCAUGGAGCUCACCUGCCCCGCCGAGCGCAGCGGCCACGUAGCCGUCAGCGACGGGCGCCACAUGUUCGUCUGGGGUGGCUACAAGAGUAACCAAAUCAGAGGAUUAUACGACUUUUAUCUGCCUAGAGAAGAACUUUGGAUCUACAACAUGGAGACUGGAAGAUGGAAAAAAAUCAACACUGAAGGUGACGUUCCUCCUUCGAUGUCGGGAAGCUGCGCUGUGUGCGUCGACAGGGUGCUGUACUUGUUUGGAGGACACCACUCAAGAGGCAAUACGAAUAAGUUCUACAUGCUGGAUUUAAGGUCUACAGACAGAGUAUUACAGUGGGAAAGAAUUGACUGCCAAGGAAUGCCUCCGUCAUCAAAGGACAAACUUGGUGUCUGGGUAUAUAAAAACAAGUUAAUCUUUUUCGGAGGGUAUGGAUAUCUACCUGAAGAUAAAGUAUUGGGAACUUUUGAAUUUGAUGAAACAUCUUUCUGGAAUUCAAGUCAUCCAAGAGGAUGGAAUGAUCAUGUACAUAUUUUAGACACUGAAACAUUUACCUGGAGCCAGCCUAUAACUACUGGUACAGCACCUUCACCUCGUGCAGCCCAUGCCUGUGCCACUAUUGGAAACAAAGGCUUUGUGUUUGGAGGCAGAUAUCGAGAUGCUAGAAUGAAUGAUCUUCACUAUCUUAAUCUGGAUUCAUGGGAGUGGAAUGAAUUAAUUCCACAAGGCGUAUGCCCAGUUGGCCGAUCUUGGCACUCACUAACACCAGUUUCUUCAGAUCAUCUCUUUCUCUUUGGAGGAUUUACCACUGAUAAACAGCCACUAAGUGAUGCCUGGAUUUACUGCAUCAGUAAAAAUGAAUGGAUACAGUUUAAUCAUCCCUAUACUGACAGACCAAGGUUAUGGCAUACCGCUUGUGCCAGUGAUGAAGGAGAGGUGAUUAUUUUUGGUGGGUGUGCCAAUAACCUCCUUGUCCAUCACAGAGCUGCACACAGUAAUGAAGUCCUCAUAUUUUCAGUUCAGCCAAAAUCUCUUGUAAGGCUAAGCUUAGAAGCAGUCAUUUGCUUUAAAGAAAUGUUAGCCAACUCGUGGAACUGCCUUCCCAAACACUUACUUCACAGUGUUAAUCAGAGGUUUGGUAGUAACAACACUUCUGGAUCUUAAGGCUUCAGAGAUAAUGCCUCUGAUCACCCUGCAUGGACAGCAAUUCUGUAAACAUCAAAGAGUGGCAUCAUUUGUAUAGUUACAUGCAUUGUUGUAGUUUUGCAGCCUUCUGAUUUUAAUGUGCAUGUGAAUGGCCUAGAGAACCUAUUUUUGUGUCUAAAUAAAUGUAUUUAACACCAGUAAUUGUCUUCUAUUA